UGCUAGCAGCUUUUCGUAGCCGUUUAAGCUGAGGAAAGAAUGGGCAAAAGUGUCUUUAGGUGUGUUGAAUGUAACGAAAAAGCAACGGAGCUGCACCGGGAUUACAGUAACGGGAUCCUGAAGAUAACUAUAUGUGAGUCCUGCCAAAAGCCAGUGGACAAGUACAUAGAAUAUGACCCUGUCAUCAUCUUGAUUGAUGCCAUUUUGUGCAAGACACAGGCUUUCAGACACAUUUUGUUCAACACAAGCUUGAAUAUCCACUGGAAGUUGUGUGUGUUCUGCCUGCUGUGUGAGGCUUACCUGAGGUGGUCUCUGCUCCAUGGCUCUGAGCAGAGCAGUGACCCUGCUGACAUCAUCAGGUACACCAAGGAAUGGGAGUUUUACGGCAUGUUUGGAUUGGCCGCCCUCGAGCUGUCAGCGUUCUGUGGCAGUGUGCUGUGGUUCCUUUGGGUGGUGGUGGGUCUCCUGCAGGGUGGGAACCUAGAUCUCAGCCUGCUCAUCAGAGCCCUGCUGCUGUCCUGCUACGGGAAGGUCCUCCUCAUUCCUGCUGUCAUCUGGGAACAUGACUACUCCCCACUCUGUCUGGGCCUCAUCAAACUGUUUGUGCUCACUUCUAACUCACAGGCUAUCAGAGUGAUCCUGAACAGCAGCAGACGUCUGUCACUGAUGGCUGUGUGUUUAGGUCUGCUGUCAGAGACCUGUGUGGCUCAGGCCUGGAAAAAUCUGCCAUGGAGCAUCCAGGACAUGUUGACAUUUGAAUGAAUGUCUGCUCUUGUCAGACUGACAUUAAAGUCACUUCUCUCAGGGAUGAACAACUGAUCGUGGAUGCCAGCCUGUGCCAGAGUGAGGCAGUUUUUAAUGAACCAUCUGCACACGGGGCUGGAGAAGAAGUUGUAUUCUUCAAGUUUUCUUCUUUUGUUGUUUUGUUUCUGUUUAUUUCAAAACAACUGGAGACAUGAGAAGCUUCCUGUGUGGCAGAAACCGCCAAAGCAAAUGCCUUAAUGAACUGGCUACAGGCUGACAAAAUGUUACGCUGCUCAGUCGGAGAAAGAGACCGGCAGAAAAGAGAUUUAUUUCUCAGAGAAUGUUGAUGGCUUUCUGUCAAGUUGAAAAAGAAGGAGAGACACUGAAGAAAGACAAAAACAGUCUACAGAACAAGCAGUCUACGUACUGAAGAGGUGGGAAUGCUCUAAUCUUGUUUUUCAUUUUGGUUUAAAAGUGGACAAUGAGCUCCAAGUCAAGAUUCCAGUGAGAUUUUGAUUUAAUUUGAUUACUUUAUUCAGAAAAGCCCAGGAGAAGAACUACAACGUGGGAAUAUCUCAUGAUCUAAAUUGCUGUUUUACACGCUCUAAUUCCAGGGCUGCUCUCCAGGAAUGACACAAACACAGACCCUGAGGCUGUAAAUUGACAAAAACUAUUUCUCUGUUUGGACAGGACCCAGACAGCACUCCUCACAUUCUUUAGUUCAUUGGUGAAGUCUUUACUUUUGCUCACUCUCACACACACACACACAUACAUCAGAUAAAUGUUAACACACAAGCGAAGUAAGGCAGACAUUAUUGACUUCUUCUUCUUAUUUACUGUUGUAAUCUGGCCCAUGGGCCACAACAAAAACAGGAAUGGACAUACAAAUGCCAGCAAAUUAAGAUUAAGCAAAAGGUGUCUCAGCCAAGGAAGAGAGAGAGAGAGAGAGAGAGAGAGAGACAUGGUGAAUGCUGGGACUUUUACAUCUUACAGGAGCACUGGGCCCAGGUGCUCCACAUCAGGUUGGCCCAUGCAAACACACAGCUCAGUUGAAGGCCCAAGGUGACAUCUUCAGUAUACAUAUUUUGUCUGACCAACGGCCUUUUUACCGCAUUUACAAUUAUAUGUAACAAAUAAAAG